AGACACGGCGUCCUCCUCGUUUCUCAUUAUUCUGCCUCUCUGUGAAGGUCUUUCUAUGGCAUUUAAAUUUGUUUUUUUCAGAUGGGGCUGUUAGAUGAAGACCUCGCAUUCCGAUCCAACAUACCCGUGCCAGUGGAUAUAACAGUGGCUGUUGUCUACUUUCUAUUUGGAGUUUGUUCACUGUUUGGGAACACCAUGCUGCUGUACGUCUCCUACAAGAAAAAGCACCUCCUGAAACCUGCCGAGUACUUCAUCGUCAACCUCGCCGUCAGUGACUUGGGCCUGACGCUGUCCCUUUACCCUAUGGCGAUAACGUCAAGCAUCUACCACAGGUGGCUGUAUGGGAAAGCAAUGUGCUCCGUAUAUGCCUUUUGUGGAAUGUUGUUUGGCAUCUGCAGCCUGACCACACUAACCCUGCUGAGCAUGGUGUGCUUUGUCAAAGUGUGUUACCCACUCUAUGGAAACAGGUUUAAUUCCGCUCACAGCCAUCUGCUGAUUGCCUGUGCUUGGGUCUAUGCUUUGCUAUUUGCUUGCUCCCCGCUGGCCCACUGGGGGGAAUAUGGACCCGAACCAUACGGCACCGCUUGUUGCAUUGACUGGACACAAUCCAAUCAGCACAGCACGGCGCGCUCCUACACCGUGGUGCUGUUCACCUUCUGCUACAUCCUUCCGUGCUGCGCCAUCGUAGCGUCGUACACGGGCAUUCUGGUCACAGUGCACACAACCCGCAAGACGAUGGAGCAACAUGCAUCGAGGCAGACGCAGAUGAGCAGCAUCCAGACUAUUAUUGUAAAGCUAAGUGUUGCCGUCUGCAUCGGCUUCUUUGCGGCAUGGAGUCCGUACGCUGUGGUGUCCAUGUGGGCCGCUUUUGGACACAUCGACAACAUCCCUCCUCUGGCCUUUGCCAUGCCGGCUAUGUUUGCCAAGUCCUCCACCAUCUACAACCCAAUCAUCUACCUAAUGCUGAGGCCAACCUUCCGCAGGAUGAUGCACAGGGACGUGGGUACCCUGUGCCACGUCUGUCUGAGAGGCUGCUUCUGCUCCCAGAGCCCGGCAAAGUGCUGCACCAGGCCAGAGAUCAGGGUCAGACUUCGCAUGAUUCCCAGAGCGACCAACCAAACCCCCUCGUCCAACUCUGCAGCUCAGCCUCCUAUGGUGUCGUCAAAGGAUCACAGUUGUGACAAGUGCGAGGAUGCGUUUGAAUGCUUCAAACGCUACCCUCAAAUGUGCGGCGUCACAAACCCGGCUGCUAGUAAAGACUCAUCUGUGGAUAAAGUCACACCAGUUCCCCAAAGAGUGUGCCACAAGAAAUCUCUGCUGGCCGCCAUGUGUGCACAAAAGACUUCCGACACAGACAACCUCCAUAUUAACUUAGAGAUGGUCCCAGGUCAUGCUAGAGUGGCUUGGCCUUGAUUUUUGGCAGGUGUUGGGUCAAGUAAGACUGCUUUCACAAAUAUAAAUUGUAAUUGUUUUUUUUUUUUUUUAAAUCAUUUUACAAAAUGCAGAA